GAACCCAAGUAAGGCCCAAAAUCAAAGAUCCGAAAUGCCCAAAUUCGGGUUACUUUUAAUUACCCUCAACCCUCAUCCCCAAAUCAUGAAAGCUUCCGAACCCUAGAAUUUUCAAUUGAGGGUUUGUUCUUCCCACGAAGCAUUAAUCUUCUUUCUUUUCUGACCUCCAAUUCUCAAUUUCCCAAAACCCACAACCCUAAAAGAAGGAAACCCUAAAGAGGAAGAUGGAUGGCGUUGAACCCUACUCUUUUAAUCGCCAUCCGCAAUACCCUCGUUCAACCAGAACUCGCCAUGUAUACAGUUACGGACCAGACGAAGAGCUCGACGAUGAAGAAGAAAUGGAACUAGAUAACGAAGAUGUAGAUGACGAUAACGACGACGACCCAGAUGUUUAUUACCACCGCGUCAAAGAAAGCGAGCGUUUUGAAAGGUACCCAAAGCGUCAAAAGGUGAGAACAUCAGUCCCUAGCUUCCAAUACGCACCUGACCAUAGAGAUAGCUUAAAAAAUGCCUAUGAUUGGACCCAACAGGAGAUUUAUGUUCUGUUAGAGGUUUGGGGGAAUAGGUUUUUGCAAUUAGGGAGGAGGAGUUUGAGGGGUGAGGAUUGGGUUGAUAUAGCUGAGAAAGUUAGUGAUGCUUUGAAAAGUAUGAAAAAUGAAGCUCAGUGUAGGCGUAUGAUUGAUGGGUUGAAGAGGAAGUUUAAGAAAGAGAAGUCGAAAGCUGAGAGAAUGGGGUUGAAUUCGAGUAAAUGGGUGUUCUUUAGGAAAAUGGAGAUGUUAAUGGGGUUGGGUUCUUCUUCGUUUAGGCAACAAGAAUCAUGGUUGGCUUGUGGAGUCGAUUCCGGGGAGUUUGUGUUUAUGAAUCCGCAAGUUUAUUUGGAUAGGUCUAAUGGUUUCGAUGAGAUGAGGGAUAGUCCCGCAGAGUCAGAGAUAGAUGAUGAUGAUGAUGAUGGAGAAGAAGCCGAUGGUGGGUCAAUGAAAGUGGAUGUGAACGAUGAGCGUUCGUUGAGGAUGUUGGCUGAUUCAGUGCAGAGGUUCGGUAAGAUAUACGAGAAGAUCGAGAGUAGUAAAAGGGAGCAUAUGAAGGAGUUGGAGAAGAUGAGGAUGGAUUUUCAGAAGGAGUUGGAAGUACAAAAGCAGCAGAUUUUGGAGAGAGCACAAGCAGAGAUUGCUAAAAUGAAGGAAGAGGAUGAUGACGACGAUGACGAUGAUGACGAGACUGAUGAUGAUGAUGACGGCAACGACAAUGGCGAUUCGACAGAAAAUAUCAGCGAAUAGGUUUCUUGCAUUCGAAGCUUUAUAAUGAAUGAUUGCGUCAAUCUGAACGGGCAACGAGAAGUACGUUCAAUGGAGAAUCUUGUGCUUUCUACAUGGUGAGAUUUCGUAUGGAAGUUGAAAGUUUGUCUUUUUGGAUGUUUUGUAUUUAGAAUCUAUUAAAUGUAUGAUAUGUUAGGCUAGCUUUCAUCAUCUUCUUCAUAUAUAUGCUGCCAUUUGAAAAUAUUGAGCUCAUUUUGACAGCUUUUUAAAACUGGCUCCUUAGAAGGCUUUUUAGACCAAACAAAUGAAUGCAGAUUAUCCUUGAUUUCCUUUU